AUGGCCGACAAGGACGGGUCGAAGAGCGUCUUCGCUUCGUGUCAGUUUGCCUUUGUCCCCAGUCGGUCUCUGCUUCCAAAGACCAUCGCCGAGCUUUCACGGACAGUAGAAAAGUAUGGCGGCGUGGCGCUCGACCCCGAAUCCGACGGCCGACUACCCCUUGACAAGGCGACGCACAUUGUGGCCAACUCAAUCGACUUCGAACAGUACAGCCAGGCAAUCGAGAUGAUGCUGCCGGUCGUGACGGUAGCAUGGAUCACACACUCUCUCAGCCGUGGCAAGCUGGCCCAAAUACGCCCAUUCUCGCCGGACCCGCGGAUGAUCUUCUCCAGCGUCAACCUGACAUGUGCCGACAUCCCGCAAUGCGACAAGGAAGCCAUCACGGGGGCGACGAUGGCCUUGGGCGGCAUGGAGUCGAAAGACCUCACGCGGCUGACGACGCACAUCUGCGCGCUGUCGAUGGACCACCCCAAGUGCAAGGAGGCCGAGGCUAAGAACCUCCGGUGCAAGAUUGUGCUGCCUCACUGGUUCGACGAUUGCUUCAAGCUGGGCAAGAAGAUUGACGAGGGCCCAUAUCUGCUCCCGGACCCUCCGAUCCUGCGAGGGAGACGUGUCGGCGGCGGAGACGGCGGAGAUGGCGGAGACGACACCGACAGCAUCCCCAUCCCCGACAACCAGGACUUGGACGGGGCAGUGUCAGCGGUGCCAGAAUCGAUCCCGACAUUGGAGCGGCAGGGGUGGCGCAGCAACCUGACGGUGUUCCAGAACAAGAAGGUGAUGCUGUCGACAGAUCUGAACGUCGGACGCCGGUUUCGGGCAAUAGUCGUGGACCUGAUUCGGCGUGGAGGCGGGCGGGUGGUGGAGGAGGACGACAGCGACGGCGUGGAGGCAUGUGACAUGUUCAUCUGCCAGUACCGGGACGGUGAGGAGUACGUGCGGGCGGCACAGGCAGGCAAGGAUGUUGGCAACCUGGCGUGGCUGUUCCACAUCAUCACGAACAACGAGUGGUGCUCGCCUCUGCGACGGCUGCUGCACUACCCGGUGCCGAGGCACGGAAUCCCGGGAUUUGAGGACUACGUGAUCACGCUGUCCAACUACGGCGGGGAGGCGCGGAUCUACUUGGAGAACCUAGUGGUGGCAGCAGGGGCGCGGUUCACCAAGACGAUGCGAAUGGACAACACGCACCUGAUCACGGCGCGCGACAACAGCGAGAAGUGCGAAGCGGCGCGUGACUGGAGCAUUCAGAUGGUAAAUCACCUUUGGAUCGAGGAGAGCUACGCGCGGUGUGAGGUGCAAAGCGUGACGAGUCCACGGUACACGACCUUUCCGGCGCGGACGAACCUCGGCGAGGUCAUCGGACAGACGUUCCUGGACGCUUCGCGGCUGCGAGCGCAAUUCUACCCGGGAGGGGCAGAUGCAGAGCAAAAAGACGGCUCGUCGCAGGUUCCUGCGGCGGCGGCAGCGAACAGCAAGGGUGGGAGUAAUAGGAACAAAAGCGGAAAUGAAACCGGAGACGAAAACGAAAACGACGAGGAGACAGCAUCAGAGGCCUCGGGUGCGGAAGAGGAGACAACAGCGACCGCAGCGACAACAGCGAAAACAGUGACGAUGCCACGACGGCCAGCACGACAAGCAGCAACGCCGAAGCGAGCAAGCCGCAAGGCCGGACGGCAAGACAAGGAGACCGAGGGCACACCGCUGGUGAUGUCGAGUGCGUCGCGCAGCGCCAAGGACAAGGCGCUGUCGAAGCUGCACGGGCUGGCGUCGGACAUUGCGCUGUACGAGAAGGAGAAGAAGCGAGGCGGUCGCGACGGACACGGGCCGUGGGGAGGGAAGCGGGCGGCCGACCAGGUGGACAAGGACCGGCUGCAGGCGCCGCAGGGCAGCAAACCAAAGAAGCGGACCAGCGCGGACGUCGAGGACGAGAUGGGCAGCGACUCAUCGUCGCGAGGAUCGGAGGCAGAGCGUCCGACUAAGAAGAGCAGGCCAUCGCUGCCACCGGUGACAAUGCGGGUGGUUCUGACGGGUUACCAGCGCUGGGUGCACAGCAGCAGCAAAGAGGAGGCAGACCGGCGGAAGUUGCGUGGCCUGGGAAUUCAGAUCGUGCAGGACAGCCAACCGUGCGACUAUCUGGCAGCGCCGUGUCUGGUGCGGACGAUGAAGUUUCUCAAGACGCUGGCGCGGGGACCGACGGUGAUCAACUCGCAGUACAUCACGGACGUGCUGGAGAGCGGGCGGCUGUUGGCGGCAGACAAGUACGCGCUCGAGGACGUCGAGGGCGAGGAGCGGUUCCAGGUGACGCUGAGCCGGGCGUUGGGACGGGCUCGAGCAAACCGGGGACGACUACUCUGGAACGUGGUGGUGUACUGCAUGGCGGACAUCAAGAACGGCAGCACGAGCUACCGGGAGAUUGCCGAGGCCAACGGGGCCAUCUUCAAGACGUACCGGGCGCACAGCGGGACGACGAUCCGGCCGGUAGACCCCAAGACGACCGGCGGUGAGGCAGACGAUGGGCCGACCGAGCCGGUAUACUUGCUGACGAGUGCGGCGCCGACAGAACGGGCGUUGUGGCCCAAGUUUGAGCAGAUGGCGCGCGACGGUCGCAUGGAGCCGCGUGUGGUGGCGCCGGACUGGCUGCUGGACGUGGCCAUGCGGCAGGAAGUCGUCUUUGACGAGCACUAUCUGGCGCGGCGGUUUUUCGUGUAG